AUGGCGAAAAAAAGAAGCAAGAUGGAAAAGAUGAAGGAAGGAUAUAGAAAGGAAAGAUCGAUGAGUAAUAGCUUGACACUAAAAACAUGGAUUAAGAGGAAAAGGGAGAAUGAGGGAGAAGGAGAGAGUAGAGAAGAAGAAAGAAUACAUAGGAAAAGUAAAAGGAUACAGAUAUCGCCGAAGAAGAAAAACGGGAAGAAAGAGGAUAAGGAAGAAGAAGGGGAUGAUAGUAAGGAUAGCAAGGAGAGGAAGAAAAAAGAGAUGUGGAGAAUUUUAGAGAAGGUAAAAAAGGAGAUAGCAGAAUAUGUGGAAAAAGUCAAGAAAAUGGAAAGGGAAAUGGAAAAGUAG